CCGUUUUACCAGUUAAUGUCUGUCCACGCAUUCGUCCGAAAGGGUGAAGAUGCCAAACAAGUACCACUCGUCUACGUACUGAUGUCACGGAGAACAAAGCAGGAUUAUAUUGCGGUGCUGACCAGUCUACGUAGUAAGCUGGAACGCCCGCAGGUUGAAUGGUUCAUGCUGGACUUUGAAGCUGCUGCCUGGCAGGCAUUAAGGGAAGUUUUUCCGGGGUGUGUUCUGAAGGGAUGUGUGUUCCACUGGAGUCAGCGGGUUUACCGUAAAAUCCAGUCCGAGGGUCUUACCACUGCCUACCUGGAAAAAGAAGACAAGUACAGGUUCUUACGGAAACUGCUGAGUCUGCCAUACCUCCCUUCAGAGCAAAUUCCAGCGGCUUUCCACCAGUUGAAGCAGCAAGCUUUAGAAGUCGGCGGCCCAAUCCUGCACGUGACGCAGUAUGUCCAGGGUACGUGGAUAGAAGGAAGUAUGUGGCAGCGGAACCACUGGAGUGUGUUCAGGGAGACGGUCAGGACAAACAACGACGUUGAAGGUAGCCAAACUUUUCAGACUUCUGUAAAUUGAUGAUUCCAUGAGAUAGACAUAAAUUAACAUAAAGCUGUU